GGGGCGUGUCAUCGUGCGUUCAGCCGGAAGUAAAGACGUGAAACAGCAACUGGUAACACUGUAACACAGCGUGGACAUGGAGGACACACUGCUGUGGAUUGUGGGUGUGUUGUUACUCCUGUUCUGCAGUCUGGAUGUGUGGUAUUACUUACGGGUAGUGGUUGUGCUGAUCCGGGCCUGGUUCCUCUCACCUGUAUUUGACAUCACAGCAGAGCAGACCGCUAGCGGACGAGUGGUUCUCCAUGACGUUGACCUUUGCCACAUGAACAAUGCCCGCUACCUGCGCGAGUGUGACUUUGCCCGUUUCUCUCUGUACACCCGCAAUGGGGUGUUCAAGGCUUUAAGAGCUCUAGGGGCCACCAUGGUCGUUGGGGCAACUACCAUCCGCUAUAGACGGCCGCUGUGUGUGGGUGAGGCGUUUGAGAUUCGCAGUCGAAUCGUUAUCUGGGACGAGAAGUCAUUUUACCUGGAGCAGAGGUUUGUAUCUUUUACACAAAUUUAUAAAUAA